UGUGUCCAAGCAUGCGCGGUGGUCGAGGGACGCUCUCGAUCCUCAUUGCUUGCAACGGCGGGCAGCGCCAUGGGCUACGCGCUACGGCUCGCGGCAAGCACUUGCGGCGAUGCCCGUUGACAAGAACAUCAUGAGACUGUCCGCUGCUCUCUUGGCAUUGGCCGGCGUCGUGCCAUGCAUACGGACGCCACGAGCUAUGGACCACAUACUCUCCUCUUGUGUAUUGGUCAGACCGUUCGCCAGACAUAUUUAAGAAGACACAGUCCCCUGGCAGUACAACAUACGCACACAGUCAAACUCAUAGGAUCACUCAUCAUCCAAACAACACAUUUGCUACCAUCAUGGCAGACGCACGCAAAGUCAUUUAUCAACUGACGAGCCUCCGGCCAAUCCCACACUACCAUCCCGGCCUUUAGAGCGGCACAAUAGCCUUGUACAACGACCCACAUUGGAACAGUGAAAAGCAUGUUCUUAGCAUACAAGACUACGCCAAGGGCGAGCGCCACACCAUCCCUCCACAAUUCAAUGACAAGGCAACCUGGGUUGCGUGGAAUUUGCCUGUAGGGACUGUCGUGACGGUCGCAAAUCAUCACAAACCGCGAGACAGUGGCAAAUCUGUGGGCAAUCUGGAUGGCAUGGGCAGCUCUGUCGAUCUCGUUGGCACUGGUCAAAUCCAGGGCACCGAUCUCCGCGAUUGCGAAAUGAACGAUAAAAUUGCCACUUGGUUCUGGCGCGAAGUUGAUCUCAAACUCGGUGCCAUUGAGCUUUUCGAACAUCCGAACUUCUCUGGUCCACGCGUGACAUUGUUCCUGAGCGAAUGGGAGGCGGGCAAAUUUCAUAAUCUACCGGACUGGCACAUCAACGACAUCAUGAGCUCCGUACGCUGGAAGGGAUUACUGGACAGGCAACGCGUUAUGAUGUGGGAACAUCCAAACGGCGUCGGAAACUCCUACCCAAACAUCAAAGGCUGGGGCAACAUCAAAGAAGUGGCAAACAUGUCUGAUGCCCACUUCAACGACUGCGUGAGCUGCUUCAAGUGGGAGCCCAUCCUCCCAGUGAAAGAAAUCAUCCAACCAAUCAAGAUCACCCCAACUGGCGGUCGGACGCAGAAAGUUGGCGACGCUCUCGUCUACAACAACACAACUGAAACCGAACAGUCGAUCUCAUUUGAAGUCAAGAGAACCCUCAGUCAAACACUAACAGUCUCAACAAGCGAGACAAAUGUCAGAGGCGUAACAUCAGGAUUGCGCGUCAGCGCUGGCAUUGAAGAAAUCGGCCUCGACUUGGAAUACUCUCUUGAGUUGUCUUAUGAGUAUACAAAGGAGAAGAGACCCGAAGCGAGCAACACCGAUUCGAUCGAAGUCACAAUCAAUCACCCAGUCAAGGCUCCUCCAGGCGGCAUCACAGAGGCGAAAUUGGAAGUCUCGCUGAGCAAGAUCCCACAAACGUUUUAUACUACCACGGCGACACGGUGGUACGACCAGGAAUUGAGUGGCAGUGUUCGCGAUAAUUCGGCUCAGGGUGGAGGAAAGUACAAGCGCGAAGAACAGAUUGUGGUGCAGGUGGCUGGCUACCUCCCAAGUCAGGCGUGUACCUUCGCUCGUAUGUUCUUGCCUCUUGCCUCUAGUGGUUUGGUGCCUCAGGUUUGGAUGCUCUCGCGGAGAGUUACUUCCUAA